AUGUACGCUCUUGAUAUAUUAUUAGACAAGGUGUACAUUGAGAAAAAGAAAUAUUGCUCUCCAGAAUUGUUGGUUCCAAUCGGAGACGAAUUUCAAGAUGAAAGUAGUAACAAUAAUGGAUGGCAGGCGUCACACAAGUUUUCAUUUCAUAAUGCUUAUCAGUUUCUCCAAUUUAUGGAAAAGCACCCUGAUAGAAAGCCUAGAGUUAUUGAAUUUGAAGCGUUGCAAACAGUCCUAAUUAUACAUAAUCGAAAGCCGUCAUUACUUGAAGGAGUCAAACUUCAAGUCAGAUAUAGAGACGAUGAUCCACUGGAAAAGGAAAUCUUAACCCUUCCUUAUGAUUUUCAAAGGUUACUUGUCCAAACCCGAGUAACUGUUCUUGAAAUCCCAGAAACUGUUGAAGAAUUGGAAGUACCAAGUUCGAUGUUAUGCAACGUCAAUUUCCCUGCAUUGAAUCGUCUAAAGACAAUGAGUACAUUGGAUUCUUGUAUCCUCGACCAAUUGUGUUACCUUCCUACGAAUUUAACUUCUUUGGACUUGAAACUCACUUUGGGAGAUGACACUCAUCUAAUUCCACACUUGCCUAUUUCUUUGAAAUCACUAACUUUGGGGUUGUCUUUUCUGACACCAAUUCCUACUAUGGACUUAUCCAGUUUGAAAGACCUAAAGUUCUUUUCCUGCAUUCAACGGUAUGCUUGUUUGCCUUUGCAUUGUUUGACAUUGCCGACACAAAUUAGCUCAUUGAUGAUCACAUGUACUGAACGUUUAGACUCGAUUGUUCAGUUUUCUCAGCUCAAGAGGUUGUAUGUCGAGCUUAGCUACAAGGUUAACUUGCACGAGAUAUUAUUCCCAGAUAGCUUGGAGGUGUUGGAAAUAGCUUAUUCUAAUGCUCCCGUCAGGAUUUGGUCAGUUAUUUUAAAUCAACUACUGUUACCUCCCAAACUUUAUUCUUUAACAAUCGACUGUUUUCCGGGAAACCUUGAUUUUUCAGGUGUGAGAUUUCCUUCGAAUAUAUCGGUAUUAAGGCUAGAAGGUUGUAAGCUAAGUGGAUUUAAGCUUCCUUUGUCUUUAACUACUUUGCUGCUAAGAGGAUCUGCUGUGAACUCAUUACGUAGUUUUAACUUCGAACAAUUGCCUGAUUUGGUAAGGCUUGACUUAUUUGAUAUAUUUAUUGAAUCUUUUGAGCACCUGCUCCCGCCGAGCUUGAAAUAUCUUUGCCUAGGAGCCAAUACAUUACUGAAGAUCUGUAUUGAGGCACCGGGGCUUGUUGUUCUUGACUUACUGUUCGCGGCAAUUGAGAUAUCCGGUCCGGACAGUUUCGAAAUCCCGGAUACUGUUAUUAAGAUGAGCCUUAAGUGUGCCAAUAUAGUAGUAAAACUGGCCAAAAAUUCUGAGGAACCCAAACCCAAGCUUCCUCAGAUGCUACCAAAAUCAUUAAAGCACCUUGAUUUGAAUUCUUGCCUUGUUAAGCCGGCAGACUUCGAUAUAUGGGGGGACUUAGGUAAGUUCGAGGGAUUAAAGAUCUUAACAUCUAACUAA